CGGAGUAGAAAGGGGAGGGCGGGGGGACGACCGGAUCCCGACCCCAACCUGCCAGAUGAGCAGCGCCGCGCCCUGUCCAGAGCUGCCGCCGGCCUUCGCGGGGGGCCCCGUCUGCGUCCGCCCCUGGGCCCACUCGACGUCAGCGGCGGCAAAGGUUCCCCCGGAGACCUGGCUCGACGCCGUCUGGACAGCCGCGGGACUCCUGGAGGACGACGAGGCACCGGGCAGCAGCAGCACCGUCGCCGAUCAGUUCUGCAAUUUGGGCAUCUCCCUCCAAGACGAUGGAGGGUCUGGAGACCAGCUCUCCACGCAGCUCUACAGGAACAAACAGCUUCAAGACACCCUCUUGCAGAAGGAGGAAGAGCUGGCCAGGUUGCAGGAGGAGAACAACCACCUCAGGCAGUUCCUGAACUCUGCUCUGGUCAAGCAGUUAGAGGAGAAAACCAAGAAGCUGCUGCGGCAGAGCGGCCAGAAACCUCGCAGCCCUCUCCAAAGUGGCAAGCGGAGGCUGAGAGCAGAAGGCCUCCCCCUUCCUCGCGAGGCGUCCCACCCACAGAAGGCCAGGCGGAACCUCCUGGGCUCCUUCUCCGCCUGCGAAGAGCCAUGCGACCCCCACGUGGACACCUGGGUCCUCCGGACGCUGGGCCUCAAAGACCUUGACACGAUUGACAAGUCUCCUGCUUCAGCUAACUACAGUGCCUUGACCCCAGAAGUUCCCCUGGGCUCUUUCAUCGGAGACCCACCUGAGGCAACGAGCUUUGGGUGCGACGACAGCCUGCCAGCUGUUUACAGAUGUGCUGCUUUGAUGUCCGUGGACAGGACGAGCGACAACAGGGAAGAGCCUUUGGGUCACGCACCCGAGCUGCCUUGCCAUUUCUCAGUGCCUGAGAACAACAACCCUCCGCUGCCUUGUGAGCUGCCCUGUUGCUCGGAUGCCUCGCCCAACCCAACGGAGGUGGCUUUCACCACCUCCUUGAGCCCCCACUGCAACGUCAAAACGCACACCUUCCGCCAGGGACAGGCUUUCGUGCGCCGGGAUGAGGAUGGAGGGUGGAAGCUGACUUGGGUACCCAAGCAGCCUGAGUGAAGGAGCUCUUCCCUGUCCACCCCCCAACCCAAAACCCACCUCAGCACUGCCAGGAAAACAAUGUGUUUACAGAUUAAGAGUGGUAAAAAAAAUAUUAAAGGCCCUAUUGCAUUUCUGUUGAGAAUGGGAGGGUUUAGGACUAUCGUUGCUACUGCUAGUCUGAUACGCAGCUGUGGAGGUCUAGCUCACUGCCCAGAUGCAAAUUGCAGCCACGCAUCUAUGGAUCAAGGCUGAUUGAUGCAGACAAUCAAACCAGGAGCAGGGAAGAGGUGGAGGGCAGGCAGGUGAUGCUCUGUGCAAGUUUGCAAAGCUACAUGGCUCCUGCCGGAAACCUUUUCCUCUUCCCUCCAACUCCCUCCCAUGUGCUCCCCAAAGAGUUUGAGAGCUCCAUUUGCUCUGGGAGAGUUGCAACUUUGUGAUUUCUAUCCAAGGAGGAGACCCAGAAACCUUGCCAUGUUCUAUAGCUUUCCCGGCAGGGUAUCAAUGGCAGUCCAUUUUGCACAUGCUCAGAGGGGCUCUGUAGCUGCUGCUGGGCACUAGGCUCAGACCUGGAGAUCCGUGGGUCAGAUGAGCUUUGGCAGCGGCAGGCAAUGAAGUCCACAAAGAGCUGCCCGCAUGAGUGCCUGCCUGCCUGCCUGCCUGCCUCAUGCUCAUUCUGGAGCAGGGAGAGGCAAGAUACAGUAUGUACCCCCAGCUGCACUUUCCCCCGCUGCCUCCUGAAGAACAGCCCUGUUGGGCCUGAAGUCUUGCCAGAAAACUCCGACAAAAAUGAGCUGCUCCAGUUGAAGGACUUGGUUCCUCCAGCUUUGAAGGACUUUGCUUUUUCCAUUUCACCCCACCUACUUCCCCCUCUAUCGGUGCUGCCUUGGCCCAUUACUGUUUUGCCACAAAUGGACUGCUCUCCUUCCACCCAGAGCCCUGUCCUGUUUGGUGUGUCAUGGAGAAGUUAGUGGAGGCAUGGCUGCCAGCGCAGGAAGGUGUAAGAUGAGCACUGAAACCAAAGCAUGGAGAACAUCAGAAGAAGCUGCUGGAUCAGGCCAGAGGGAGCCCACCUAGUCCAGCACCCUGUUCUCGCAGUGGCCAAGCAGAUGCCUGUCAGAAACCCUUAUAAGCAGGAUCCAAGAGCGUCUCUCCCCUCCUGUGCUUUCCAGCAACCGGGAUUGAGAAUCAUUGCUGCCUCCGACAGUGUAGGCAAGGAGAUUCCACCCUGCAUAGAACUGAGAACAGAGUUGUCAGUUCCCUGUGGAAAGAGACUGCCAGGUCAGUUGUCUUUGGGUACGGGAGCUGAAAUCCAGUUUCUUCUUUUCUGCUGCUAAUUGUGCAGUUUCCAGAAUUAAUUGCAGCUGUGUCUUUGUGACCAGAGCACAUUGCGACUACAGCCAGAAAUGCCCUACUUUAGCAAAGGGUGGUUUGGUUGGAAGGGAGCUGGGUCUACUCUGAGCCUGUCCAAAUGUGUAAUCCAAUCCUGAUCACAGUGGCGGAGGAAGCCGCUCAGGCACCCGGAGUGGCAAAC